AUCUCAGAAAUUUUUCGGCCGCGGACAAGGAAGCACAGAAAUAUGUCGAAUAUUUUUCUAAAUUCUGAAAAUUAGUUCCAAUUAAUCCAAUCAACAUACAAAUAACUAAACUAGGAACUAAAGUUGAUAAUAGACCUACCGCUAUUUUGUAUAAUCGGCUAACUCGCUCGUCCGCGGCCCCACGACACGACUGUCUGUUCUUUUUUGUGUGUGACUGAGUGACUGUGUGCCAGUGCCUCUUACAUAUAUGUAUAGUGUAUAUAACCGAAUCCAGUGAUUAUCCCAGAUAAUGCACCAAUUGUUCAGAGAAUAACUCCAAGGAGACACAUAAAUACAUUCACAGGCAGCCAGUGGAGCGGAGAGGAGGACCUGCUACGGCUGUAUUCAAUAGCCACGAGCACGACGACGUCUGCACCGGGGGCCGCCGCCAUUAUGCUGGUGCCGUCGGACAUGAUCGCGGCACAAUCCAAAAUGGUUUAUCAGAUGAACAAAUACUGUGCGGACAGGGUGCAGGUGCGGAAGGCGCAGAUCCACAAACAGAUCCAGGAGGUGUGCCGCAUCGUUCAGGAUGUGCUCAAGGAGGUGGAGGUGCAGGAGCCGCGCUUCAUAUCCUCCCUGAACGACUACAACGGUCGCUUCGAGGGCCUCGAGGUCAUCUCGCCCACGGAAUUCGAGAUCAUCAUCUACCUCAACCAGAUGGGGGUCCUCAACUUUGUGGACGACGGCACCCUGCCCGGCUGUGCGGUGCUGAAGCUAAGCGACGGCCGCAAGCGCUCCAUGUCGCUGUGGGUGGAGUUCAUCACCGCCUCCGGCUAUCUGUCGGCCCGAAAGAUACGCUCCCGCUUCCAGACGCUGGUGGCGCAGGCCUGCGACAAGUGUGCCUACCGCGACAUUGUCAAAAUGAUCGCCGACACCACGGAGGUGAAGCUGAGGAUCAGGGAGCGCAUCAUUGUCCAGAUAACGCCCGCCUUUAAGUGCGCCGGCCUCUGGCCGCGCUCCGCCUCCCACUGGCCACUGCCGGGCAUACCCUGGCCACAUCCCAAUAUCGUUGCAGAGGUUAAGACUGAGGGCUUCGACAUGCUCUCCAAGGAGUGCAUCGCCCUCCAGGGCAAGAACUCUGCCAUGGAGGGCGACGCCUGGGUGCUGAGCUUCACCGACGCCGAGAAUCGUCUCCUGCAAGGGGCCAGUCGGCGUCGCUGCUUGAGCAUACUGAAGACGCUGCGAGACCGUCAUCUGGACUUGCCCGGCAAUCCGGUGACAUCGUAUCAUCUGAAGACGCUGCUGCUGUACGAGUGCGAGAAGCAUCCCCGGGAGAUGGAGUGGGAGGAGAACUGCAUCGCCGAUCGCAUCAAUGGCAUCUUCCUGCAGCUGAUCUCGUGCCUGCAGUGCCGUCGCUGUCCGCACUAUUUCCUGCCCAAUAUGGAUCUGUUCAAGGGCAAGUCGCCCGGUGCCCUGGAGAACGCCGCCAAGCAGGUCUGGCGUCUUACGCGCAUCAUGCUGACCAAUGUCCGAUGCCUGGAGGAGCUGUAGAUCUGUACACACACACACACACACAC